UUUUUUUUUUUCAUCACCUGGGUAAACGCGACAUGGGUGCAGUUACAGACGGUGGAGGUACUGGAGGUACUACACCACUGAAGAGGCACUUGAAAAGAUCAUGGAGCCAGAUCCCGAACCCACGGAGCGCCACCCUGUAACGUCGGAUGAGGACACCGACACAGACGAUGAAGAUGAAGACUACCUUCCAGGGGCUGACUCCUCCUCCACCAGCUCAUCCGACUUAUCUGAUAGCGGGGAAGGGGAGACGCUACUGGACCUGUCAUGGAGGUCCAAAAACGGAGAGAUCCACUGGGCACCCACAAAUUCCACGACGCUCCAGUUUAAAUCUCCACGUCCAGGACUGACCCCAGGACCCUCCCGCUAUGCCGUGGCCAGAGUUGGCGAGCUGAUUGACAGUUUUGAUUCAUAUUUCACUGCGAAGAUCACAAACCUUGUCACUGAAUAUACCAACCUGCAUGGGAGAAGGACGGUCCCCGAGUGGAAGGACCUCGAUGUCACCACCGUGCGGUCUUACUUUGGACUCCUUCUUUUAGCCGGUGUCUAUCGGUCCCACAGGGAACCAACCUGCAGCCUGUGGGAUGACCAGACGGGCCGGCAUAUCUUUCGGGCGACCAUGUCUCUCAAAACUUUUGUGUUGAUUGGUAGAAUCCUGCGCUUUGAUGACCCGCUGUCCAGACCACACCGCCGGGAAGCAGAUAAACUGGCUGCUGUCCGGGAAAUCUGGGACCUAUGGACGGCCCAGCUCCCUCGAAUGUUCAAUCCAGGUGUAGACAUUCGACUGGACGAGCAACUCGUGCCAUACCGGGGACGUUGUGAAUUCCGGCAACGCGUUCCCAGGAAGCCAUCCAAGUAUGGCUUAAAAAUGUGGGUCACCUGUGACGCACAAACAUCAUACGCAUGGAGGGUUUGCGUUUACACCGGCCAAUCAGCUGAUGCGCCGGCCGAACAAAACCAAGGACGGAGGGUCAUGUUGGACAUGAUGAAGGGGCUGAGAGGGGUGACUAUGAUGUGUGGUCGUUUCUUUUCCUCCUGCGGGCUGGCAGAGGAGCUACUCCGAAAAAAGAUCACCAUGGUUGGCACAAUGCGCAAAAACCGACCUGAGCUUCCCCCUGAGCUCCUGAGGGUACAGGACAGAGAGGUCUUCUCCUCCAUUUUCGCAUUCACUCCAACUCACACCCUGGUUUCCUACAUCCCAAGGGGGGGCAAAAACAUUGUCCUGCUCAGCACCAAACACCAGGCGCCGGAGAUCAGCAGCGAAGCCAGAAGGAAGCCCCAGAUCCUACUUGAUUAUAACCGCUGCAAAGGACGAGUGGAUAACAUGGAUGAGAUGAUCUCUGCCUUCAGCUGCAGGAGGGGGACCAAACGGUGGCCCAUGGCCCUCUUUUUUAACAUGCUGGACAUCAGUGCCCUCAACGCCUACAUUGUGUGGACGGCCAUUGAUCCAGCAUGGCAUCAGGGAAAGUCCCACAGCAGGAGGCUGUUCCUGGAGGAGCUGGGAAAGAAACUGGUCACCCCACAGAUGGCCCGCAGACAAUGCCACACACCGACAGCAGGGGACGCCAGCCUCGUCUCAGAAGCUCAGGCUGAUCUGGAUAACCCCACCACAGACUCCACCCACACCACCACACCCAGCUGCACACCCGCCGCCCGUGUGAGGAGGCAGUGUGCGCUCUGCCGUCCACGGAGAAUUGUGCACUGCACCUGCAAAAAAUGUGGAAAAUACGUUUGCAAGGAUCAUUACACUGCACUCUGCAGCUCCUGCCCCCCCUGAACUGUUCACAUAAGACACUGUUCGCUUAUGUUGUUCUUGUUAUUCAGGUUAUGUUCAUUUACAGAUCGUGUUCUUGCUCUGUUUUAGGGUUUAUGUUGUUAUAAUAGGUGCAAAUGUUAGAAAGAAUAGGCGAAAUUCUUUGUCACAGCACAAAGAAUAAUAAAUAUAUUAGGACUUAAAAACAAAAAUCAAGAAAAUAAUGUGAGUAUUAAUGUGAGUAUUUGACAUUGAGCAAAAAAUAAUAAAUUAAAUCAAAUUAAAAGUAGAAAACAUGCAUCUUCUUGUUUUUUUUGAUGUGGCAAAUGGAGAAAAUACCUGCGUUUCCUGAUGGAGGGCACUUGCACUUUGAUGUGCUGGGAAAGGUCUUGUCCUGAAUGUUUGUGUUGCAGAUUACUACAAAUAAAGCAACUACAAAGUCA